CUGCUCAGGGAGCACGCAGCGCGGCGAUUGGCGGUGCGCUCUGUUCCUCGGACACAGCGGAUCACCGAUCACGGAAAGUGCCAAAGAUGUCGGCUCGGUCAUGUGAUCAGCUGUGUCCAAUCACAGCUGAUCACAUGGGACAUGUACACUGAUCAUCAGGGCACUGAUGAUCAGUGUGCCCUGAUGACCAGUGUAGCCUCAGCAGUGCCACCUGUCAGUGUCCAUCAGUGCCUUGUGUCAGUGCUCAGCAGUGCCACCUGCCAGUGCCCAUCAGUGCCACAUAUCAGUGCCUACCAGUGCACAUCAAUGCCACAUAUCAGUGCCCAUUUGAGCUGCCUUUCAGUGUCACCCAUGAGU